AUGCCUCUCGACUUCCCGCCGAUAUUCCUCCUCCCCACACACCUGCAGCUGGACGACCUCCACCGCCUAGAGGCCAGCAUACCUUCUCUGACGUACGACAUACACGAGGCCCAGGUGGUCCUCGGCAACAUCUCGCGAACCCAGCGCGCCCGGUUUGAGCUGAGACGGCUCAAGGUUGAGACUGAACCGACAGAGGACCCAGGCCCAGGCGAUGAUGGCAAUGGCGAUGGCAAUGACGACGGCAACGGCAAAGGAGAGGCCACAGCUUCGGAACUGUCUCCCGAGGCAAGUGGCGCUGCUAGAGUAGCAGCACGUCAGGAGCACGAGGAGCCAAGUGCCAAGCGGCGCAGGCUGUCCGCGUCGGUCGGUAUGCAGGGCCAAGCGAGCCACAACGGCGGCGACAGAGCCCGGGACGAGAUCAUCUACGUACUUCGGCUUGCUUGGUUCGAAGAUAGUGUGAAACAAGGCCGUGUGCUGCCAAAGGAGAGUUACACAGUCUACCGAGGGCGCAAGCUUGCGUCUGUCGGGCGACACAAAACGGCGGCGGCGGCAAUGACAACGGGGAAAGGCCCGAGACAAUCAUCACCCGCGACUGCGGCCAGGGAUAUCCUCGAGCGAGCCGCUGGGGAUCAAGGAGCAGCAAGUGGAAGUCGGCCCUCUAGCAACAUGCAUCGCCCGCCGCCCCUCGUCCGCCAGACGACGUCCGAGCACGACGUCCCGCUGCCUCCGAUACCCGACUAUCUGCACACGACAUACUCGUGCCAGCGCCCGACCCCCCUGGACUCACCCAACGAGCUCUUUAUAGAGGAGCUGAAGAAGAUCCGAACCCUGCGCCUGCUCCAGGGUGAUCAGAUCGGUGUUCGCGCGUACUCGACAGCCAUUGCCACACUGGCCGCCUACCCCCACGAGCUCCAGGUCCCGCAAGAAAUCGAGAGGCUGCCCGGGUGCGGCGCUAAGUUCGCUGGGCUCUACGGGGAGUGGCGGCAGACCGGGCAAACCAAGGAAACGGCCAACGCCGCCUUGGACUCCAGACUGACGACCCUCAAGCUAUUCUAUGAUAUUUGGGGCGUGGGGGACACUACCGCCCUCGAAUUCUAUCGCAAAGGUUCGAGACGUGUGCAGGGAGGCAACGAAGGGGCCUGUCCAUAUACACACAAGCGCUGA